AUGCAGCAGAUGAUCCCGGCAGGUUCAGUCACCACACCUGCUACCUUAACCAUCCGAUGGGAUGGACAGCCCACGGUGCUGAACCCAAGACCUUGGGAACCUCAGGGUCCCCCAAACCACCAGCCCAGUGAGGGCUUCCCAACUUCCCUAUUCCUGGGAAGGGGUCUCUCCAGCACAGCGCUCACCAUGGACUCGGAAUAUGAGCAAGGCCACAUGCGUAAGCUGCAGACCCAACACACGAAGAUGCAGGAAAAAACCUUCACCAACUGGGUCAACAACGUUUUUCACCACGCCAAGGCUGGCAUCAAGAUCCAGAAUAUUUACGCUGAGCUGGGAGAUGGUGCCCACCUGCUGAAGCUGCUGGAGCUCAUCUCUGGGGAGGGGCUGCUCCCCCCCAACCGGGGGCGAAUGCGAGUGCACUUCCUGGAGAACAACAGCCGGGCCCUAGCCUUCCUCAGGUCCAAGGUGCCAGUGCCUCUAAUCGGCCCAGAGAACAUUGUGGAUGGGGACCAGAGCCUCAUCCUCGGACUCCUUUGGGUCAUCAUCCUGCGUUUUCAGAUCUCCCACAUCUCCCUGGACAAGGAGGAAUUUGGGGUCAGUGCGGCUCAGCUGUCUGCUAAGGAGGCUCUGCUGGUUUGGUGCCGGCGGAAGACAGCUGGCUAUCCCAACGUGAACAUCACCGACUUCUCUCACAGCUGGAGUGAUGGGCUGGGCUUUAAUGCCCUCAUCCAUGCCCACAGGCCCGACUUGAUCAGGUACAGCUCUCUGCAGCCAGAGCAGCCCCUGCACAACCUAGAGAAUGCUUUUGAAGUGGCUUUCAGAGACCUGGGCAUCCCCAGGCUGCUGGACCCUGAGGACGUGGCUGUCCCACAGCCUGAAGAGCGCUCUCUCAUGACCUAUGUCUCUCUCUACUAUCACUACUUCUCCCACCUACACCAGGGGCAGACUGUCCAGAGGAGACUGGCCAAGGUCCUGCAGCAGCUACAAGAGACGGCCAAGCUACAGGCUCAGUAUGAGCAGCUGGUAUCGGAGCUGCUGGCCUGGAUCAUUAAGCGGCAAACCCAGCUGGAGGAGCGGAGUUUUCCCGACACCCUCCCUGCCAUGCGUCGCUUGCUGGCCGCCUUUGCCACCUUCCGCAGGGAGGAGAAGCCCCCGCGGCUGGAGCAGCGAGGGGCCGCUGAGGCGCUGCUAUUCCGCCUGAGAACCGCCCUCCGGGCCCAGAACCGCCGGCCUUUCCUGCCCCCGGAGGACCUGGGGCCCGAGGAGCUGGCCAGGCGCUGGGCAGGGCUGGAGAGGGCUGAGGCCGGUCGGGAACAGGCCCUACAGGAGCAGCUGCUGAGGCUGGAGAGGCUGGAGACCCUGGGCAGACGCUUCCUGCGCAAGGCCGCCCUCCGGGAGAGCUUCCUGAUGGACGCGGAGCAGGUGCUGAGCCAGCUGGGCCCCCCUGGACCCGGCCCGGCCCUGCUGGGUGCCGCGGUCCAGAAGCUGGGCUCCCUGGAGGCAGAUGUGCUGCCCCAGGAGGGCCGCUUCCAGGCCUUGGCCGAGAUUGCUUCCUUCCUGGAGCAGGAGCGAUACCAUGGCUGGGCAGAGGCGGCCCGCAGGCAGAAGGAGAUCUCUCAACGCUGGGAGCGGCUGCUAAGAGGGCUUCACGAAAGGAAGGAGCACCUGGCAAGCUCUCGGCUGGCAUUGGGGCUGCUCCAGGAGGUUGAUGCUGCUGAUGAAGAGCUCAAAGAACUACAGGUGCUGGCAAGUUCCCCAGUCUGUGGGCAGCAUCUAGCAGAAGUGGUGGAGCUCCUGCAGAGGCAGGAGCUGCUGGAAGCGCGAGUCUCCUCCCAGAGUGCCCUUGUGAGCCACCUGAUCCAAAGGACCACGCAGCUGAGCACAGUCACAGGCACCCACCUGGAUGGGCUGCAGAUCCGAGCCUGGGGCUUGUCACAGGUCUACCAGAGCUUGGUUUUACUCAUUAGAGCUCGGCGGGCCCUGCUGGAACAGGCCCUGCAGCAGGCUGAGUUCCUGAACAGCUGCGAGGAAGAGGAAUCCUGGCUCAGAGAGAAGAUCCAGUUGAGUGAGGGGGCUCCCCUGGGCCGGGACCUGGGCCAGAUCACGGCAGCUCUAUGGAAGUAUAAGACCUUGGAGACCGAAGUCAGCUCACACCAGGCAGUGUGUAUGGAAAUCGCAAGGAAGGCAAAGGAGCUGAGCCCCUUGAGCCACCCGGGCCAGCCAGACCCACAGGAGCGGGCAGAGGCCAUCCACAGCCAGUGGCAGCAUCUCCGGGACAAGAUGGCCCAGCUCCUGGCCCGGCUCCAAGCUGCCCUGCUCAUCAAGCAGUAUUUUGCAGAUGUGAGCGAGGUAGAAUCAUGGCUGCAGGAGCAGCGGUCCUUGCUGGCCAGUGAGGAUUUCGGGAAGGAUGGGGCUGGUGUGACGGUCCUGCUCCAGCGCCACCAGAGAUUGGAGCGAGAAGUGUGGGCCUGUGGGCUGGAAGUGAGACGGCUGGAGGAGCAAGCCCAGACUGCAGCUCUCCAAGCCCCACUCACGGUGGAGAGCCGGGAAGCCUGGCAUCAGGUGGAUGGUGAUGGAGCUGGGAAGUUCCAGGACUGGACACAGAACUUAGCACCCUCAGGAGUGGCUCACCGCCAGCUCCGGGUCAGGAUGCGUUUCACCUUCAGAGGGGAGAACCUCACCUGGGCCAGGGGAGACAUCCUGGAGCUGGUUGCCAAAACAAGUCCUUCCACCUGGAGGCUGAAGGACCCCGAAGGCUGUCAGGCAGAAGUGCCAGCCAGCUACGUGGCAGAGCUCGAGGCUCCCCAGAACUUGAUUCUUCUGGGAAAGCUGGUCCCUGGUCACAUUAAGCCUCUGUUGUCACAGGUGACAUCGUUGAUGAAUCCCUUAUGUGAAAGACCAAGGAACAGGGGAACCUCACGGCGAUCCGUCCGCUGGGGCACCCAGGAGAUCUCCAGUCUAUCGGAGCUGGAUCUUCAUUUUGACCCUGAAACAAUCCGCAAGACCCAGGACCACCUGAAUCAGGAUUACGAGGGCCUACAGGCCCUGGCACAGCAUCGCAGGACCCGGCUCGAAGAAAUGUCCACCUUAUUCUGCUUCUAUGACUCUUGUGGAGAGCUCCGGUCCUGGUUGGAGGACCAGACAGUGGUGUUCCAGACGCUGAACCCCCAGGCUGAGAACAUCGAGGUCGACAGGAAUAAAUUUGAGAAUUUUCUCGCCACUUUGGCCAUGGGGAAAGAAUGCUUGGCAGAGAUCGGCAGUUCAGCAGAGAAACUGAGGCAGAGGAUUCCUGAUCACUCAGCCAAGAUCCAGCAGUGGCUACAGGAAGUGGGCCAGAGAUGGGAGCAGCUGGAAGCCCUGAAGGAGGAGAAGGAACUGCAUCUGGCAAGCAUGGCGGACGUCCACAGCUUCCUGCAGGAGUAUGGACUCACGGAGACCCAACUUCGGGACAUUAUGGUGAAGCUGGAGUCUGUGAAGCCGGCGGAGUCAGUGGGCAGCUGCCGACAUUCCCUGUGGUCCACCCAGCACGAGAUCCUGGUGCUGGAGCGCAAAGUCUGCUACCUCACCAGUGUGGUCAACAAGAUUAAAGAGACAAGCCCUACGGAGACCCCCGUAUUGCAGGAACGAGUGGAGACCCUGCAGACCCUGCUGAAGCAAGUGCAGGAGCGGGCUGCUCAGACAGCUCAGGCCCAGGCCCAGGCCCAGGCCAGGCACGAUUUCCUGAGGGAGAGUGGGCAGCUGCUGCUGUGGGCAGAGGGUGUUCAGUCUCAGCUAGAUAACAAGGAGAUGGCUGUGGACGUGGCCUCGGCCAAGCAGCUGCUGGAGGAACACAGAAGCCUGCGGGAAGAGAUUCAUGUUCAGCAAGAGAGGAUGAGACAGCUGGAGGCUCGGGGCCGACACCUGGACCCCGGGGAAGCCCAGGAUGCCCGGGCAGUGGCGAUGGCUCUGAGGCAGCUGGGUCAGCAGGCCGGGGAGGUGGACGCGGCGUGGGAGCGGUGCCAUGGGCGGCUGCGGCAGGGCCUAGAACUACAGCUGUUUGUCCGAGAAGCGGAUGGCCUGGGGGUGGCCUGCUCCAGCCAUGAGGCAUUCCUUCGGCUGGGCAGCCUUGGGGAGGACGUGGGUGACCUGCGGAACGUGCUGCAGCGGCACCAGGAGUUUGAGCGGCUCUUGGAGACCUUGGGUCCGCGGGUGGAGAGCCUGAGGUCCCAUGGGGAGAGGCUGAUGGAGAAACAGCACUUUGCUGCCCAUCUGAUCAGAGAAAGGAUAGCAAAGAGCCAGGACCAGUGGGCCAAACUUCGAGCCAUGAGUAAGCAAAGGAAGGAGAAGCUGUUGGCUUCCCUCCAGGUACAGGAAUGGAGCCAGGAUGUGGCCGAAAUGAUGCUGUGGAUGGAGGAGAAGUGGUUGGUUGCUGCGGAUGAGUCCUACCGAGAACCAGGUGCUGUUCUCCACAAGCUCAAAAGACACGAGGCAGCUGAGAGUGAGGUCCUGGCGAAUCAGAAGAGGGUCCGGCAGCUUCUGCAGGUGGGGAAGCAGAACUGAGUGAGGUCUCCUUGUGGCCAGGAUGACAUACAAGCAAAGUUAGGGGGCCUGGAAAAAAAGUGGAAGGAGCUGAACGACAAAAUGGCAGAACGCGGAGACAAGCUGAGGCAGGCAGGACAGCGGGAGCAGCUCAUGGAGCUGCUGCAGGACGCCAGAGAUAAAAUGGAGCAGAUGGAGCGGGGACUACAGAGUGCAGAGAUGGGGCAGCACCUGCGCGCCAGCAGAGAGCUGCAAGUGAAACACAAGAAGCUGGAAAAUGAGAGCCGGGAGCUGGCGGAAAAAAUGAGCGCCAUCAUUACCCGUGCCCAGAGCGUCGCCACCGAGCACUCCGAUUCCCAGACCAUCCUGGAGGAGACACAGAGAUAUCUCCAAAGGUUCCAGGCCCUUCAGGGGCCGCUGGCCACACGUGGGCAGCAACUGCAGGCCUCAGUAGAGCUUCACCAGUUCUACCACUUGCAAGGACUGGAAAUCACCUGGAUAAAGGAGCACAUGCUCAGUGCGAGCUGCACGACCUGCGGCAAGUCCCUGGAUGCAGCCCAGAGGCUUCUGCACAAGCACAAGGUGUUGUCGACCCUUCCUCUCCUCCUCCUCCUCAGUGCCUUGGAUCCCAGUCACUCACUCCCCACACCAAGGCACCCUCUAAGCCCUCACCUCCAUGGUUAUUGCAUCCUAUUUUCCAGACCUUUCCACUUCUCCUUCAACCCCGAGCUUCAGGCAGAGGUGACUGCUCACCAGAUCCAAAUGCAGAAGGUGCUGGCAACUGGGCAGAGCAUGGCAGCCCAUGGGCACCCUUCUGCAGGGGACAUCACAGAGAGGUGCCAGGAGCUGGAAAGCUGCUGGCGGGAGCUGAAGGAGGCCUGUGAGGGGCGAGCUGGGCGGCUGCAGCACUCUGUGGCCUUCCAUCAGUACCUGCUGGAUGCAUCAGACCUGGAGGCCUGGCUGAGAGAGAAGCGGCCUUUAGUGGGCAGCCGAGACUACGGCAAGGACCAGGUGGCCACCCGUGAACUCAUCAAAAAGCACCAGGCCCUAGAGCAGGAGCUAGCCCUCUACGGGAGCUUUGUGGCCGAGCUCGUCCAGACGGCGCGGGCCCUCGCCGGCCCCCCGGCCCCCGCGGAGGUCCCCGUGCCCCCGGCUCGGCUGGAAACGCAGCUCCGGGAGCUGAAGGAACUGGCGGCCAGCAGAGGCCGCGGGCUGGAGGAGGAGCUGAGGCUGCAUGAGUUCAUCCAGGAGGCCGAGGAGCUCCGGGGCUGGCUGGCCAGCCAGAAGCAGGCGGCUGGCCGGGAGGAAGACCCCGGAGAGGACUUCGCACGUGUGCUGGUGAGGGAGAGGGGAGCACCCGAGGCUGGGCUCCUCAAGGGAAGGGAACGCCCUGUAGAACCCCCCGGCUUGCUAACCCUUCGGGCAGAAGGUGAGCCCCUCCCUCACGUCCUCCCCCCUCAGCACCUCUGGGCCAAGCACGAGCUGCGCCUACGCCAGGUGGAGUCAGGUGGAAGGCGGCUGGCAGCCUGCGGACGGCUGGCGGAGACCCUGCUGGAGGGCGGGCACCAAGCCACGAGGGAGAUCCGCCAGAGGCAGCAGGAGUUGCAGAGUGCGUGGGCAGAGCUGUGGAGGCUGACCCAAGCCCGGGCUCAGUCCCUCAGGGACGCAGAGACGGUGCUCAAGGUGCACCAGGACCUUACAGACGCCCUGGAGCACAUCAAGGAGAAAGGCGCCAGCCUUCCUGACGAUGUGGCACAGGACAGGCGCGGGACCCAGGCUCAGCUCCGGCGGCACGAGGAGCUAGAACAUGAGCUCGUGGGCACCGAGCAGCAACUGCAGGAGCUGCUGGAUACAGCUGAUGAGAUGCAGAAACUUUGCUCAGGAGCUCAGGGGGAGGCCCUGCAGAGCCAGCAAGAGGCGGUGGUACAGAGCUGGGAGUCACUGAGGCAGCAGGUGGAGAGGCGCCGGGGAGAGCUGGAGCACGCCUGCUUGCUCACAGGCUUCCAUACUGCGGUCCAGGAGUAUUCAGCGUGGGCGACCGGAGUUCAGAGGGAGCUGCAGGCGAAGGAAACAUCUCGAGAUGCCAGCAGCAGCCACUUGCUGCUCAGCGUGCAUCAGGACAUCCGGGCCAAGCUUGUGGCCCAGGAGGAGGCGUACCAGCAGGCCGUUCAGCUGGGGCAGGGGCUGCUUCUUGAGGAGGGAGCACCUAUUGAAGAGAUCCAGGAAAAGCUGGGAACCCUACAGGAAGUGAGGCAGAAGGUGUUCCAGGCUUGGGAAGAAAAGCAGGAGCAGUUGAUGACCAUGCACCUUGGACAGCUCUUCCAAAGAGACUGUGACCACUUCCAUAAGAUCCUCACUGCCCAGGAGGUCUAUCUAAAGACCAGUACCUUGGACAGCUCAGUGGAGGGACUGGAGAGAUUGAUCCGGAAACAUGAAGCUUUCCAAAAGGUUCUGGCGGGCCAAGAUGAGAAGGAGGCAGCCCUGCAGGACCAGGCAAAGCAUCUGAAGGGAGCCGAGGUGCGUGACUUACUGAAUUUGGUGUGGGAGCGACGAAGACGAGUAAAGGAGCAGGCCCGUAGCCGUGGGGAAGCCCUGCGUACCACUCUGUUGCUGGCGAGUUUCACCAGGGAUGUGGCUGAGGCAGAAGACUGGAUCCAGGAGAGGAUUCAGCAGCUGGAAGAACCAGGCCCAUGGGGUUCCGGUGCCCUGAAGGACAAGCUGAAGUGCUUACAGAAACACCAGGUUUUUGAGGCUGAGGUCCGGGCCCACGAGGAGGUUAUAACCCGUGUCACUGAGGAGGGAGAAGCUCUCCUGGCCCAGAGUCAUCCUCGUGGGAAAGAAAUCCUGGAAAAGCAGCAGAGGCUUCAGGAGCACUGGCACAAGCUGAGACAGGCCAUGGCUGCCAGGGGCAGGGGCCUGCAGGACAAGCGGGGCUUCUUAGAGUUUCUGCAGCGGGUGGACCAAGUGGAAGCCUGGAUCAGGGAGAAGGAAGUGAUGGUGAGUGUUGGAGACUUGGGACGGGAUUAUGAACACUGUCUACAGCUCAGCAGACGGCUAAGGGAAUUCCGAGGCGCUGCCUUAUGGGAAACAGUGGAUGAUACUCACAUCAAGGCCAUUAAUGCCAUGUCCCUUCAGCUCAAAAGCCGAGACCCAGAAGAGGUCAAAAUCAUCUACCAGAGACAGCAUCAGCUCAAUGAAAGAUGGAAUAAUUUCCAUGGCAACCUCCUCCAAUACCAGCAACAGCUACAAGGUGCCCUGGAGAUGCAUGCACUGGUCCAGGAGCUGAGCAAUGUCAUGGAGAGGAUUGGAGAGAAGAGUGCUCUGCUGCAGGUCCCUGAUUAUGGAAAGGACUUGGAGGAUGUAGAGAGGCUGCUGAGAAAACAUGAAGACCUGGAUCGGGAAAUCAGUGUUAUCCAGGCCCAGAUGAAGCCCCUGGAGCAGGAGGUGGGCCGGCUGUGUCAGGGCAGCCCCGCGGCCGCCCGAGCCCUCGCCGAGAAACGACUGGAACUGACCGAGCGCUGGCAGAGGCUGCAGGCCGGGGCCGAGCAGAGGAGGGAGAGACUGGAGUCUUCACACCAAGGACAGAAGUUUCUCACCAGGCUCCGAGAACUGCUGGGCUGGAUGCGAGGGCUGAAGACUAAGGUGGAGACGGAAAGGCUUCCCAGCAGUCCUGCGGAGGCCAGAGGCCAGAUGGAGGAGCAGCGGGAGCUCGAGGCAGAGCUAUCAGCCAGGGCAGACAGUAUCGACUUGAUACGAAGCACUGGCAAACAGCUGCUUGGUGCCAGACACCCAAUGGCCCCAGAUAUAUGCCAGGCCCUGGAGAGUUUUGAGCACGAAUUAGCUGGGCUGGAGGAGAGCUGGCAAGAGCAUCAACUGCAGCUGCAGCAGGCCUUGGAUCUGCAGGUGUUCCUGAGCUCUGUGGAGCAGAUUGAAAGUUGGCUCAACAGCAAAGAAGCAUUCCUGGAAAAUGAAGAUCUGGGUAAUUCCUUGGCCACCGUGGAGACCUUACAGUGGAAACAUGAGCAAUUUGAGAAGGGGCUAGACACCCAACUGGAGAAAAUCAAUGCUAUGGAAAUCAUGGCACUCAACCUGAAUCAGAGUCAACACCCUGAAGCCCAGUGUAUCACCAGCAAGUGCCAGCUGGUGCUUUCAAGGUACCUCUUGAGCCCAAAACAGAAGGGUGCCAGAGGGCUGCUGAUGGGUGGUGGGGACCUGAAGGAGAAGUUGCUGGAGAGAAUCUGGGACCGAAGGCACCAGCUCGAGGAAUUCCAGCAGUUACACAGAUUCCUGCAGGACUGCUGGGAGGUGUCCAUGUGGCUAGGGGAGAAGAACCUCGUGGCCUUAGAUGAGGGUUGGCAGGACUCUAGCACCCUGCAGGCCCAGCUGCGGAAGCACCAGAGCUUUCAGGCUGAGCUGGAAGCCAAUGCCACCCAGCUUCAGAGACUGCAAAUAGAAGGGGAGAAACUGCUGAAGGAGGGGCAUCCUGCCCUGGAGACCAUUCAGGAGCGGCUGCAAGAGAUAGAAGGGCUCUGGAGUCAGCUGCAGGCCAACUGUGUCAAGAAGGGAACCAAACUACAGGAUGCUUAUAAGGCCCUGCAUUUCCAAAGGAAAGUGAAGGAGGUGGAGAGGUGGCUGGAGAAUGUGGAGGAGGAGCUUCAGGCUCCCCUGGGUGGGCAGGACUUAGCAGGUGUGAAGGAGCUGCUGGCAACCCUCGGGGAGCUGGAGGCAAACCUGGAGGCUCAGGGGGGCCUGGUGCAGGCGCUGAUGGAGCAGGCCCAGGCCUUUGGCUCUGAAAAUCACUUCCUCGCUGGGCAGAUGGAAGCCCGGGCCCAGCGGCUGCUACAGAGGUACGCAAACCUAAGAGAGCCCCUCCAGGAACGCCAGGCGGCCUUGGAGGCCAAGAGCCUUCUGUACCAGUUCUUCCAGGACGUAGAGGAUGAAUUGGCUUGGAUACAGGAGAGGCUGCCCUUGGCUACAGCCCAAGACUAUGGACAGACCUUGAAGGCUGUUCAGCAGCUCCAAGAGAAGCACCAGAACUUGGAAGAUGAGAUCAAAAGCCAUGAGGCUCUGACCCAGGUGGUCCUGGACACAGGCAGUAAGUUGGUUCAGGGCGGGCACUUUGCUGCCAGUGAGGUGGCUGCCCGGCUUCAGCAGCUGAAAGUGGCCUCAGACAGACUUCGGGCGGAGGCGGAGCGGAGGCGACGGAGGCUUCAGCAAGUUCGUGAGACCCAGCAAUUUCUGACAGAGCUCCUAGAAGCAGAAUCCUGGCUGUCGGACCGAGGCCUUCUCCUGGACAAUGAGGAGCUGGGCCAGAAUGAGGAGACUACCGGGGUCAUGCUGCGGAAGCUAGAGGCCACGAGAAAGGACCUGGAAGGGUUCCGCACCCGGCUUGAGAAGCUGCAGGAGACAGGCACCCGCCUAGAAGGCAGAACCAACCCAGAGAGCCUUAAAGCACUGACCUAUCUACAGACUCUGAGGGAGACCCACAAGGGGCUACUGCAGAAGGCCAAGAGCCGGGAGAAAUGCCUCCAAGAGCAGCAGAACCUUUAUCACCUGGAGCAGCAGGCCCAGCUCCUGGAUACCUGGUUGUCAAGCAAGCGGGCCACAGCUGAGUCCCAAGAUUAUGGGCAGGACUUGGAGGAUGUUAAGGUGCUGGAAGAGAAGUUCCAUACUUUCCAAAAGGAAGUGCAGAGCCUGGGGCCAGCCAAAGUCCAGGGGUUUCUGGAGCUGGCUGGCAACCUGGAACAGGCAGCCCCCAGGUGCUCCCCCAAGAUCCAGGCUCAAAGGAGCCGCAUCGAAGACUCCUGGGCACAGCUGAGCCAGGCCAUGAGGACCCAGACGGAGAACCUGGUUGCUGCCAGAGAGGUUCAGGGCUUCCAUCAGGCAGCAGCUGAGCUGUGGAGCUGGAUUCAGGAAAAGGCCGCUGUGCUGGGUCAGGGGGACUGCGGCCACACCCCGGCCUCGGUGCAGGGGCUUCAGCGGCAGCAGAGGAACCUGGAGCGGGAGCUGGUGGCCAUGGAGAAGGAAGUGGGCCGGGUGCGGGCUGAAGCGGGCUGGCUGGGCCGGCUGUACCCGGCCGUGCAGGAGAGCCUGGCCCAGAGGCUGGCGGAGGUGCAGGCGUCCUGGAGUGCGCUGGCCACAAGGGCCCAGAGUCGAGGCCAGUGGCUGGAGGGAGCGGCCCGUGCCCACGUCGUCCUGGGCCGCUGCAGAGAGCUGCUGGGCCUGACCCAGGACCUGCAGAGCUUAGUGAGGCUGGAAGAACCCUGUGGGGAUGUGAGCGGGGCGGAACGGCAGCUGUUGCAGCACCAGGGGCUCGGGCAGGACAUCGAGGAGCACCGGCUCCUGGUGCAGGACGCCCAGCGAGAGGGAGAGCAGCUGGCAGGCAGCGACCAUGUUAUGGCCCAAGAGGUGAAGGAGUGGCUCCAAGAACUGGGAGACCAGCUGCAGGAAUUGCAGGAAAAGUGGGCACGCCGCCAGGAGCUGUACAAAGAGAACUGGGAGCUGCAGAAGCUCAGACAGGAGCUAGAAAAGGCUGACACUUGGCUGGGCUCAAGAGAGGGCCUCCUCCUGGACCCCAACCUUGGGAAUUCGGUGUCUGAAGUAGAAGAACUACUCAGGAAGCACCAGGACCUUGAAAAGACACUGGCAGCUCAGGAAGAGAAGUUUGAACAGCUGCAGAGGAAGACUGAGGCAGGGGGGCCAGAAGUGGGGCCCAAGGCAGGAUAGAG